AUGGAAACCCGACGUCGAGACUUGGUUGUCUCACAGGACAGACAGCUUCACAUGAGCUUUGACGAAACACUGAUUCAGGGCCAGAGACUGCAAAUUUCACCCCAGCGGAUGCUCCAUCCGGACCAGAGUCGCUUGUGGGAGCCCUUGGAGCCCUCCUGGGACCUGGACACCACUACCACUACGAACCGCUCCCUCAGGAUCCAAAGAUCCCAAGUCCCCAAGUCAUCAUCAUCCACUCACGACUGCCAGGACGGCUUCCCCCCACGGCCGCUUGCGCGCCGGCCGGCCUGGCCUGGCCUGGCCUGCCCACCACCCAUCCAUCACCUAUCACCUGCAGGCCGUCGAUUCGAGCAAUGCAGCGCUCUAAAAUCACUCACGGAUGCUUGUCUAAUUCACCUGCCUAUCAAGCCUCGACCACACGCGUGGACUGACGGAGCACGGCUAGCAGCCUAA